CCGCCAGCUGGUGCGGCGAUCGCGAACGUAGAUCGGCCUGCUCUUACCAGAGAUGCUCUUCUGCUCCAACGACCUUUUACACCGUCCGUUAUGGCUCUCCGCAUCCGCGCGUCUAUCACCUUCCUCGUGCUCUUGUCGUGGUGCCGGCAUGCCUUCGCUACCUGCCCCGAGUGUGCGGUCAGCGACCAGCAGCAGGCGAAGCGGAUCAAGCUGGAGGCAAUCAAACAGCAGAUCCUCUCCAAGCUUCACCUGCAGGACAGACCGAACAUCACUUCCCCCCUCGCUAGGGAGGUGGCUCUGGAGGCUCUCAGGAGAACGCAGGGUGGAAUACCGGAGGAGGAAGGAACAGAGCCGGAGGAAGAUGAAGCUGGUGGCCGCGAUGACUACUACGCCCGUCCCUCUGAAAUUAUCGCUUUUGCCGAGCCCGGUCAGAGUUUGAAUGGUCAUUAUCUUCUAGACUUCUAUCCACAUGAAUAUUUGAACAACAAAUUACGAGUGACUGCUGCUACAUUAUGGAUUCAGUUACGUUAUUCUCCAUCUUUACCAGUUGAAGGCAGAGCUCAGCUUAGAAAUAAACAUGUCACUCUCUAUGCUUUUCGAGUUGGAAACAGUACAGAACAGUUGUCUCAUGUAACUUCAUAUCACCAAGGUACUGCUCAUGCGGGUUGGAGACGUUUAGAUGUUGGUGAAGUGGUUCAACAAUGGCUGUCUGGAAGUGAUAAUCGAAAUAAAUUAACCUUACUCGUUGAUUGCACUGGCUGUAAUUCCAAGCUUGAAAUGGUUUUAUUCAACGAUGAUGAUCCUGCUUCUAAUCAUGUCACAGCUACUACAACAGCCCGAAGAAUUCGUCACGGAGGGCAUGAACAUCAGUUGCUUAAUCUGAGGCCUUUCUUAGCCAUAGCAACAGAUGCGAAUGAGCAAAGAAGGAGUCGCAGGCAUGCCAGGACAUGUGGUGAAAAUCCAACUUAUUGCUGUCGGCAAAAUCUCUAUGUGAAUUUUAAAGAACUAGGUUGGGGAGACUGGAUUAUAGCUCCAAAGGGAUAUUACGCAAAUUUUUGUAUGGGAAGUUGUGUUGGAAGAAGAGGAUUUUCCUAUCACAAUUUCCAUACACACAUAAUAGAAGAAUACCGCAAUCGCAACCCAUACGCUUCCAUACAUCCUUGUUGUGCUCCUACUAGACUAUCUUCUAUGUCUCUCAUAUAUUUUGAUACAGAUCUCAACAUAAUCAAGACGGAUCUUCCGAAAAUGAUUGUUGAUGAAUGUGGCUGUACUUAAUUAGAGUUUUCGCCCUGGCUGGUCUUUCUUUUUGACAGAGGUGGUUGGGGUGCAUUCUGAAGCCGGUCUUCCGAUAGCGCCAGCUGGAAUUUAGUCACUGCCAGUGGUUCAAGUAUUUGAAUGUACGUAUCUUUCUUAGCUUCAGUCUUAUCACAAUUUAAAAUAGGUAACUUUUUCUUUCUUAAAUCAUCAAACAUCUUCGUAAAAACAUCCUUUUAGAUAUUUUUCUAUUCCUUAACUUUAUUACGACAAAUAAUUAAUCAACGAAUUAAUUAUUUUAAAUAAAUAAAAAACUAUUAUGAAAAAUUAUAUAGUGAUAAAUAUCUAAAUUUAUCCACAAGACGUUUACUAUUUUAA